ACAACAAAAUCUGGCAUUUGACGUCGCGUCUUCGCCCGUUUCGCCCGCGCUGCCGCUGACAGCAGAGUAUUGUUGCAUUUGUUGUUUGUCUUGCUGUUAUUAUAUUUUUUUCGACGGUGCGGGGUACUACUUCUUUUUUUCUGCUUUUUUUUUUGGUUAUGGUUACAAAGAGCGGUAGUGUCCUGCAACUGCACCCCACACAAGGCCAUAAGUUGAAAGUCGAGCUCAGAGCAUAUGUGUGCGGGAAAAAGUGCUGCAUAAGCUAAAAAAGAAACAUCACGAAAAGCAGAAAUUGUUGCACUUCAGCUGAGGAAGAGGAAGCAGGAGUAGCCUCCAAGGUUUAAAACAACAACUGUGAGCAGUGAAAACAGAACGAACGUUUAGCUAUAAACGAUAUCAAAAACAAAGAGCCGCAAACCGAAAACCAAAGGCAACGUCUUCGAUUCUUCUAGUCUUCGAGAGAGAGCGGAGAGAGGGAUAGAGACGGGUCGGGAGCGAGCGGGAUAUAGACAGCUGGCGGUCAGCGACGUUGGACAACUAGUUGAAAAUAUUGCGCAUACGUCUCGUGAACCGAAGGCAAAAACAGCAAGCCGUGCGUUUUUUUCAAUCGCAAAAAUUCAGCUUUAAGAAAUCCAUAAUAGAGAAGCAAAGGGAAAAAACAUAGGAGAAAGGAAAAAAGAUAAAGGAGGGAGGGCCGAGGAUCAGCGGCUACGAAGGAAAUAAAUUUUAAAUUUGAGCGGGCUAUAAAUCCAGCUUCACGACGUCUUGCAAACGGCUGAAAAUGGAAAAGACUCCCCGGUAUACGCAGCGGGAGCGGAACAUGGUUUUGAGCUAUGCGGCGCAGUACAAGGACGUGAUCGAGAACAAGCGCACGGACGCAGAGUCAAACCGAAAAAAGGACGAGGUCUGGCUCCAGAUCGCCAAGGACUUUAAUUCGCGGGUCUAUCACCAGCGCAGCGCUAAGCAGCUUCGCCAGCUAUACAAGAACAUGAAGUUGCUGCUCAAGAAAGACCUCUGUGGUGAGGACAAGAGCAACCACUCGUUCAUGGACCUGCUCAAUACUCUAUCGCAGCAGGAGUCAGUGGCUCAGUACAUCGCCGAACAGCUUUCGCCGGAAGGCGCAGGUGGUGGUAGCGCUAAGCAGGGCGGCGUGCGUGGCCACGGAAACGGACAUCAUGCGGAUGAAUACGAAGACUCCAAGAUGCACCUCUAUCCCGAAGGCAUGGACACGGAUGUGAUUCUUAUUAAGUCGGAGACGAUCAGCGACAAUGAACAGACGGACAACGGGAUGGACUGUCUGGAAGACGAUGAAGAUGACGACUGCCUUAGUCCAAAGGCGCCAGAAGUAUGUCUGGAGGAGGAAGAUGACGUGCUUUUUCCCACAGAUUUGCGCCAGCUUCAGCAGGUGGGUAUUUCGGCCACCGCCGGCGGUGAUGGUGUCUCCUCCACCUCGCUGCCCGGAAAUGUGUCUAACAAUGGGCUCACAGAUCCAGUUCAGCGCUCCGCCAGUUCGCCCGUUUGUUCCACCAAAACCUCGGUGAGCUCUAGCGGGAGCUACGCAUCGGCUCCUAAGCCGGACAUUACCAUUCAGACGGUAGGCCAUAUACGAGUGGGCAGCUUCGCCAAUAUCAACAAAACGCUGCAGAACGGAAGCUCAAACGCUGCAGCUGUCCUCUCGGGCACCAAUGGGGGUUCCAAUAUUAGUGGAGUGCUGCCCCUCACGGCGGAGCAGGUACAGCAGCACACACUUCUGAACGGGCUGGGCUUAUCCGCUGUAAAUCCGCCCCAGUCCCUGCAGACUGCCAUCAAUGCCGCCUAUGUGUCCGCUCCCGCGUCUGUGUCCGUUACCAGUCGGCGGACUCCGCCCACUUUGCACUUGCCACGUCUUCAGCGCGGAAACAACACUGCCGGCAGCACGAACAACUCUACGGUAACCGCCAAUGGAGUACAGCUUUUGCUCAAUGGCAACCAGCAUGCACAGUCGACACAUCACCACCUAGCGCGGGAUAAGACGGGUGGCGUUGCUAUAGGAGCGGCGGGCAGUUUUAAUGGCUACAACGGACUGCCCGUGGCAGGCGCUACCUGCGCCACCUUAAGCAGCGUAGGAAUUGGAUCUGGCAGCGGAGGAAGCAGUGCAAACAGUAGUGGCGCAGGUCUUGGCGUUAGUGGUACUAAUGCGGCAGGGGGGUGUCCCAACGGUGGAUCGAAGACUCAGUACCAGGAGUUGAUAAACUCGCUGAGGAUCGAGGAGAGCAAGCGAAAGAUCGAUCUGAUCAAUGCUCAAAUUGAGUAUUGGCAAACUCUGACUCGCAAGCUAAAGAGUCAGGCGGGUCACAUGCCCAAUCCCUCGUGUCCGUGCCACUUCCCAGGAGCCAGUCUUCUUUCACCUGCCGCAGUGGUUGAUGCUAGUGCAUCUUCCGCAUCUGCUAACCUACUUCAAACGCAGGUCAGCACCAGCUAGUCCACAGUGAAAGGGAGGUGUGCAUUAGAGGUUCCUCUAGGCGACGAUGGCGGAGACAGCGACAUUAUUUCGAUAGUUGACAUAGAUGAUGAGCGGUCUGAGGAGGAAGCAGAUGAACAGUCGGAUGACGAGGACCACGUCAUAACGGAUAUGACCCUGAUCGACUUAGACGACGAGGAUGAUGAAGAUACAGAUGACUCACAGGAUGCCUUGGUAAAGGAUGUGGGAGUGGUGGUUGACCUAUCGUUGCCUAAUUCCCCGCCUCACUCCAUUCCGUUGCCAGCGAAGCGCUCCAAGCGCCAUAAAGCCACUUCUCAGCUCCUGAAGCAGCUGGCUCUGCAGCAGAAUCAGGAUCCGCAGGAGGGGUGUUAGUAUUUUGUCUAGUUUGCAUGCAUUAACGCAGCCAUUUUAAACUAUUAAUUAAUAUAUUUAUAUACGCCUAGUUUGAGUGCCAAAAACAGAGAUAGGACCCUUGCCAUCGAGAUUGCUUGUCAAAUGACCUGGUGAACAGGUUACGACGGGUCACUCCGAGCCCAAUAAUUAUUUGUUAAUCUAAUUUAAACGCACUGUUUCUUUAAAUUUGUUUAAACAUAAUGCGCGAGUUAUUUUUCCAUUUUUUUUAUUUACUACACUUAAUGUUAAGGUCUUCUGAGAGCUGCUACCAAAAAGAAGAAGGAAAAUAUCUUGACUUUGUAAAUUUAUCUUAAAUUUAGACUUAACUUAAUUAGAGCGAGCAGUUAAGAAAACAUACGGAACGAAAAGUGUACAAAUGUUGUUCCUAAUCUAGUCCCUAAACAAAGGAGUAAAGAAUCGAAAUUGAGGCAGAGAGUUGAAAUGUUAUGCCUAGCCACGAACUUUUGUAUUAUUUUUAUAUAUAUUAACCCAGAGAGUUCCAAAACCCAUCCAAAGAACUGUAGCUAAUUUACGUACUUAAAGAACCCGCAAAAGAGUAGUCUGUAUUAAAAAAGAUACUUACAGGCGAACCAAAGAAAAAUUGCUAGUCGUCGCUGCAUAAGUGUAUUUUAGUGGCAUACAAACCACUUAGUUAUUGCUAAUUCUACGUGUAAUGUACAAAUAAUUGCCUACCCAGUAACCAAAAUUUACAAGAAACACACCAAAACCUAAACAAAGAGUGAAAUCCAAAAAAAAACCAAACAAAACUCUUUAUACAAUUUUGUAAACUUUUUCUUUAAUAAUAAAACAAUGAAUUGA